GAAUGCCCGAUUGGAAGGAGGCUACAGCUAAAGCCCCCACUAAAGGCAGCCACCCACGCCACUUGCAACCAGCUGGGCAAUCCAGGGCCCGGGAUACUCUGGAGACCUCUGGGUAAUAAUAUAAAUCCGGAGCCCAGCCUUCUCUGUCUCUGAGGCACCAGUUCAUAGACUCAAGCCCGCUAAGUGCGCUCCGCUCAACAAGGGCAAGUCAUUCUCACAGCGAUUAGUAGAAACAGGUCAUUAUUUCUGUUCGACCCCACCUCCCACCACGUGCUAGCUGACGACGUCCAUCAAACACUCGGUCAAAUCCUUUAGCGGUGAGCAAGGACCGUAGGCUCCAGUGAGACGGAAGCACCAGGGUCGCGUACAAGCAGGGCGCCUGCGCAGUGUGCUGUUUCCGGUCUGGCCGCAGCCCGCAGGCUCGGGAGCCAUGGCGGCUGCACUGGCAGUGGGGGGGUUGUUAGGUGUUUGCUCUCGGAGGUUGCUCGGGGCAGCCCGGAGGGUUCCGGUCGCCAAUGCGCUUCGCUGGCGCUCCGCCACGACCGGAGCUGUGGUUACCCCGCCUGAGGUGAAGAAGCGGCCCAAGGCACCGGAGGUCGCUUGGCAAGAAGACCCCGAACACGAAGAUGUCAACCUUUACGAGAAGAAUCCAGAUGCCCACGGUUUUGAUGAUGACCCUUUCAUAGACCUUUGGAACAUGAGAAUAGUGUUCUUCUUGGGAGUCUCUGUCGCCAUUGUCCUAGGCUCUACCUUUGUGGCAUAUCUCCCUGACCACAAGAUGAAGGAAUGGGCCCGGAGGGAGGCAGAGAUAUUGGUGAAGAUAAGGGAGACCCAAGGUCUUCCUCUUAUGGAGUCCAACUAUUUUGACCCCAAGAAGAUUAUUUUGCCUGAUGAUGAUGAGUAAACCCCAGCUAUUAAUAAAGUGAUUAAAAUUCUGCUAGUA